AUGUCUCUGACCACGCCUAGGAUACUUCCGGAGCAUUUACAUGCCUUCCUCCCUACCCCUACCAACCGCAAUCCUACUGCAGUCCGCAUUCUUGGUUCAGUCUCCGAGCUCCACGGAGAGACUGCCACGCUCUCUUGCCCUGGCCAUGGAAACGUCACACUACUACUGAGUAGAGACUCGCAUUUACAGGUUGGAAAGAUGUCUGAUAUUGUGGGGAAAGUGGUGGAAAUUGAAGGAGCUACUGGAAUACGCGUUCUAGGAGCAUCGGAUUGUGGAGAGACAAGUGACAUAGAUUAUAAAUUGUACGAGAAGGUUGUCGAAAUGACUCAUCGAUUUAAAGACAUUUUUUAUGUUGAAAACUCAUAA